AUGUCUUGGCUGCAGUCGAUUCUUCCUAUCCGGCGGCGGAACAAAACUGCCAAGAGCGCGAUCGUCAAAACGCCAAAGAUAACGCGUUGCGCGCACGAUCCCAAGAGGGGCAAUUCCAAUGUUGCAUCGCUCGCAUUGCUCCCAGACGGCGUGUCCAAGGGCAGAAAGCGUGAUGCCCGCACGCACCAGCCUUUGCACGCCAAGAUUGUUGAGAAGCACUGCUUUUGGCUGGCAAUAACUAUGCUUGCCGUGUUGCCGACAUGUGUUACCACCCAGCGAUGUCAUGAGAAUACGAAUGGGAAUGGCAAUGGUAAUGGGAAUGGGAGUGCAUCGCUGUCAAUAUCCUCCGAGUUCCACGACGUGGCGAAAAUCUUCGCUGGCCCAGUGUCGCACUCUUCACACAUACUAAUGUACGCAUGUAAGUAUGUAUUUGUAGUAGUGUGA